UUUGCAUUAGUGAAUAGCAGUUUUUCUGAGGUUCUCUGAUAUUUUUCAUGGGUAUUAAAUUACAUCCAUGAAGUCUGCAGUACAGUGUGAAAAUUUAGUGCUAAAUGGUUAAAGCUAAUAAGUACUUGUCCUGGAAGAAUUUAGUAGAAGUAGUUAUUCUGACUUAAUGAGAAUGUCUGAUGCCUUUAAAUUUGGAGUAAUGCAUGUCAUAACUGAAUGACAGCCAAUGAACGCAUAUGAAACACUGGCUACAUGCCAGGCGUUAUGUCAGGUGCUGAUGCUACAGCAGUCAAGAAAGCAGACAUGGCCUUUCCUGCAUGGAGUUUACAAUGUGGUAGAGAAAAAGCUAAAGUUAUUUCAAGUGUAUAGAGUACUCUUGGGACAAGUACAGGAUGCUGUGGAAGCACAGCGGUGUGUCCUGACUUAGUCCGGGAGACAGAGAAUGUUUAGUUGAGUAAGCGACAUGUGAUAUUAUACUUGAAGACUAAGUAGGGUGAAGGUAAGUGAAGAGGGAGCAAAGGGAAGAAGGUGCGAGGCAGGAGGAACAGCAAAUAAGAAAGGCUGAAGGCAAGAAAUGAUGACUCUGAAUUCCCACAUUGCUGAAGAGUGGAGUGCAAGUGUCACUUUGUGGCCAGAUGAGGCUGUUAAAGUAGGCAAGGGUCAGGUCCUGAAGCACAUUUUUUGCCCUUGAAAGGAACUUUGCCUUAAUCUUAAGAGCAAUGAGAAGGCACUAAGGAGCUUAAGCAGGAGAGACAGAUGACCAGGUUCUCAUUUUAGAAUGCUGCAGGGUGAAUGACGGGAUUGAAGAAGAGUAAGCCUGGGAGCUGGGAGAUGUUCCUGCAAGAAUUGUCCAGAUAGGAUACGACGUUAGCCUGGGCUAGAGGAGUAGUGGUUGGGAUGAAGAAUGGAUGAAUUAGAAAGAGAAUUACGUGGCAGAAUCUGUGGGCUUGAUAGAUUGGUUGUUGAUGAUGAGAGAAAGAAAUUAAUGGAAGAACACUCUUAAAUUUCUGACUUGAUCACUUGGAUACCUUUUACUGAGACACGAGACAUUUGAGGCAGUGCAGGUUGGGAGGCAUGCAGGUUUGGAGGCAUGCAGGUUUGGAUCAUGAAUUUAGUUUGGGAUCUGUUGGGUUUAAGAUGUCUGUGAUAUAACCAAGGGAAAAUAAGCAACUGAGUAUACAGUUCCGAGAUUACAUGGAAAUGUACACCAUAGGAGCAGAUGAGAUUUUCAUGGGGUAUAUGUAUAAGAGAACCUUGUUUAGGAAAUAACACUGGGAACAACAUAUGCAAGGUACUGACAGAGCAGAGUGCAGUUCGGCUGCCAACCAGAAGGUCGGUAGUUCAAAUUCACUUGCUCUUUCUUGGAAACCCUAUGGGGCAGUUCUACUUUGUCCUAUAGGGUUGCUAUGAGUCUGAAUUGACUUGACAGCAAUGGAUAUGGCACAGAGCAGAAGCCAAUUACAGUCACUGAGAAUGAAUGAAGGGCCAGGCAAGUAGCAGAAAAAACAGACCAUUGGUUAUGUCACAAACUAAGAGGUGUGAGUCUUCUGGAAGGAGGGCAUAAUGUUAUAUGUUAUAGAAAAGUAAAAAAAAGUCAUUUUUGAUCAUUGAGAUUCUAAUUAUAGAAAUUGACACUGUUAUGAUGAGGGAAAAAUAAAGUAUCAUUACAGAGCAUCUAACAGACCACGUAUCACAGAAAUAUGUUUAUUCCUCUGGUCAGGUUUUUAAUGAACACUAUUAUUUCUUCCUAGUGAUGUAAGGAACAGAGAAUGUCAGGAAAGAAUCAAACCGCCAUCUUUGAGUUCAUCCUCCUGGGCCUGCCUAUUGAACCAGAGCAGCGAAUCCUGUUCUAUGGCCUGUUCCUGGCCAUGUACGUUACCACCGUCCUGGGCAACCUCGUCAUCAUAGUCCUCAUUCGACUGGACUCCCACCUCCGCACACCCAUGUACUUGUUUCUCAGCAACUUGUCCUUCUCUGACCUCUGCUUCUCCUCGGUCACAAUGCCCAAAUUGCUGCAGAACAUGCAGAGCCAAGUCUCAUCCAUCCCCUACACAGGCUGCCUGGCCCAGAUAUACUUCUUCCUGUUUUUUGGUGACCUGGAGAGCUUCCUCCUUGUGGCCAUGGCCUAUGACCGCUAUGUGGCCAUCUGCUUCCCCUUGCACUACACCACCAUCAUGAGCCCCCAGCUCUGUUUCUCCCUGGUGGCACUGUCCUGGGUGCUGACCACGUUCCAUGCCAUGCUGCACACCCUGCUUAUGGCCAGGUUGUGUUUUUGUGCAGACAACUUGAUCCCCCAUUUUUUCUGUGAUAUGUCUGCUCUGCUGAAGCUGGCCUGCUCUGACACUCAAGUUAAUGAGUUGGUGAUAUUUAUCAUAGGAGGACUCGUUGUUGUCAUCCCAUUCUUACUCAUCAUCAUGUCCUAUGUACGAAUCAUCUCCUCCAUCCUCAAGAUCCCUUCUGCCAGGGGUAUCUGUAAGGCUUUUUCCACGUGUGGCUCCCACCUCUCUGUGGUGUCUCUUUUCUUUGGAACAAUUAUUGGUCUCUACUUAUGCCCAUCUGCUGAUCAUUCUACUAUUAAGGAAACUGUCAUGGCUAUGAUGUACACUGUGGUGACCCCCAUGCUGAACCCCUUCAUUUACAGCCUGAGGAACAGGGAUAUGAAGGGAGCCCUGGGGAGAGUCUUUUGUAAAAGAAAAAUUCUCUCCUCUCUAUGAUUUGGAAUUUUUACAUUAAUUUUUUUUUUUUUUAGUAGGUAUGUUGGUAUUGAAUUAGGGCACUAUUUCAGACUUCUUUUUACCUCACCACGGAAAUGUCUUUUGUAACCAAAUAGUACACAAUUCUCCACUAGGUGAAAGAGAAGAAGUAGAGCUGUGUAGUUGAACUAGGGAAGGGUUUGGGGUCUUGGUGACUUGCUGGCUAUACCUCCCUCUUUGUGUUCCUACUAGGGAAAAUAUAAUUUAAGAACUACCAUUUUAUAGGAUCUUUAUGCUCUCUGUUGUUAUACCACUGAUGUAUCACAGGAGUUAAUUUUUUUAAACCAAAAUGUGUUUUGAUUGUGUUAUCAUUUUAAAUAAUACUCCACACUACUCUUGGUCAAUACUGAAUAAAAUCCAAACAUCUUAGUCUCCCAUCCUCCAUCUGCUCGAUCAGACUUCUUAUCGUUGAAUAAAAUAUCUUCUACUUAUGUACUCCUGCUCAAUUUUCCCCAUCAUCUUAUCUCUUAACAAUUUUUCCCUGAUUUAUUUUCAUUUCACCAUUACCUUUUCUAUCCCCUAGGCUUUUUUUUUAACUACAGUAGUGUGUUUUUCAUUUAAGUGAGCAUUAGUUAAUUCUCUGGGGCCUUAA